AUGACAAUAAAAUGUGACAACAUCAACGUUAGGAAAAUUAUUGAAAAAAAAUUUCCGAUAGUAAAAUGGUUACCAAAGUAUAAAUUAUCGGAUAUAUUUUCCGAUUUCGUUGCUGGAAUAACAGUUGGUUUAACGUUAAUACCUCAGGCUAUAGCAUAUUCCGCUUUAGCCGGAUUAGAACCUCAAUAUGGACUCUAUUCCGGAUUUGCUGGAACGUUCGUUUAUAUUUUUUUUGGAACAGUCAAACAAGUUAAUAUUGGACCCACGGCUGUCGUUUCUCUUUUAACUUAUUCAUAUACAAAAAAUAUGAAUUCGGAUUUUGCCGUACUUUUAUGUUUCUUAGCCGGAGUUGUCGAAUUUGUGAGUGGAUUACUUCAUCUAGGUUCAUUGGUUGAAUUUGUUUCUGUACCCGUGACCGCAGGAUUUUCAUCAGCUGCCGCAUUAAUAAUUGCAAGCAGUCAAAUAAAAGGUCUUUUAGGAAUUUCAAUCGAUUCGGAAAAUUUUUUUCAAACCAUAACGGAAGUAGUUCACAAUUUGUCAAAAACGAGACGAUGGGAUUUAAUACUUAGCAUAUGCUGUUGUACUAUUUUGCUACUAUUGAGGAAAUUAAAAGAUGUAAAAUUAAAUUUUUCCACGAGUAAAAAAUUAAAAAAUUUUAUCAAUCGUGGAUUUUGGUUAUUGUCAACGUCGAGAAACGCAUUAGUCGUCAUUGCGUGUGCAACAUCCGCUUAUUUCCUAUCGAAAGAAUCAUCAAAUCCGCCAUUUUUACUAACUGGUGAAAUACAACCUGGUUUCCCGCAAGUUUCACUUCCGCCAUUUUCGACAACCGUUCACAAUCGUACUUAUAACUUUAUAGAAAUGUGUAGUCAUUUAGGAAAGGGAAUAAUAAUAGUACCACUCGUGUCACUUUUAAACAAUGUCGCCAUUGCGAAAGCUUUUGCAUCCGAUGGUAUAUUCGACGGAAGUCAAGAAAUGAUGACGCUCGGUCUUUGCAACAUCGUGGCAUCUUUUUUUAAAUCGAUGCCCAUUUCCGGUUCUUUUAGUAGAUCCGCCGUAAAUAACGCGAGCGGUGUACAAUCUCCUCUUGGGAAUUUUUUCACGGGUUCACUCGUCAUAUUAGCUUUAGGAUUUUUGACGCCAUAUUUUUAUUACAUACCUAAAGCGACUUUAUCGAGCGUCAUCGUGUGCGCCGUCAUAUUCAUGGUCGAAAUACGAUUAAUUAAACAGAUUUGGAUAUCGAGCAAAAAAGAUUUGAUUCCGGCAUUUGCAACUUUUAUUAUUUGUCUUUGGAUAGGAGUGGAAGUUGGUAUAUUUAUCGGCGUGACAUUUGACAUUAUUUAUUUAUUAUAUUUAAAUGCGAGACCACAAUGUGAAGCGAAUGAAAAAUUUGAUUGUUUAUCUUUUUGUCCGAAAUUUUCAUUUUUAUAUUUAAACAUUGAUUACAUAAGGACAAAAGUUAACCAUGAAUUAAUAAAAAAAAAAAAUUCAAAUUCAAAUCUCAUCAUUAUUAUCAUCGAUUGUAGUUACGUUCAAGUCAUCGAUUAUUCUGCCGUACAGGGUUUGAAAUCAUUGAUAAAAGAUUGCAAGGAAAAAAAUCAUCAAAUCCUUUUUUAUAAAAUGAAUGAAAAUUUAGAAAAAAAACUCGGAAAAUUUAUCGGCCAUGAUUUCGUACACGUUAAAAAUAAUUCCGAAUCAUUCGAUAAAGAAUUUUUCGAAAAUUUAAAAUUACACGAAUCCGAAUCGAAUCCGACGGAGAUUGAUGGAGAAAAUUUAGAAAAAUUUAAAAUGAAAAAUUUUAUUAUUAACGGCAUUCAAUCAUCGAAUGGAUGA